AUGGAAGCUAUACCAGCUGAGCCGGAGUUCUCAAUAGAACCUGGCCUUUUACAUAAACUACCCGAGGAGCUGUCACAAACGAUUCUUCAAGCUCCAGCCAGUGUCCAACAGGAGCGAUUGGUGCUGGCUUCUUUAGAUCCGAGCUAUACAGCUAUAUUAUUCCCAUUGCUAGAACCCGUCUUUGUGGACAUAGCUGCUCAAUGGCUUUCUCUAGAUCUUACUGUCCAUCUUGACAAAGUUAUCUCGGCAUUUUCACGGAUCUUGCCGCAUUCCCCAUACUUACGGCCGUUUGCUGAGAGAGCACUUCGGACCCAGAACGUAUGCUUGCCGUUAUUCUCAGAGCAGUGUCCUUCAGAUAUUUUACAUAUCAAGGAUGGUUCUCUUUUAUCAUUGCUACUCUCAGCUUUCCGGCUGCUGAGUUUCGAUGUGGGCACCUUUUCACCGUUCAUAUUUCCUGAUCAGCUGCAAGCUCUAUUCCUCCACUCCGACAGGAUAAUACGAUGUAUGGCAAUCCGCUGUUUUUGCCUACAUAUCCGAGCCGCAGACGCUAUUUUGGAGAAUAUGCUUAGCCGGUAUUGCGGUGAUGGCCCUCUUGAUUCCAAGUGGGAAAACCAGAUUGUUGAUUUCAGGUUGAUCAGCUUCUGGGAGGAACAGAGAUAUAAUGACCUUGAAACGGCACUACACAUUGCCCGACGAAACUGCAAUAAGGGUUUCUUUGAGUUAUGGAUUAAGUAUUUCCGAUCAUCGAGUUUUACAGCUGAAAUCGGAGGAGUUCUUAUCCCUACAUUGAAACGGAGCACCAGAACUCAGCCAUUUAAGCUAGUGCAAACACCAGCUGUCCGAACUAAUCUUCGUAAGGUGGGAGAGGCACUCCUAUCCCAAGACCCACUACUACUUGUCGGGCAACCAGGAGCUGGAAAAACAUCACUAGUCAUGGAAGCUGCGAGUGAGAUGGGAAAUUUAUCAUCCAUGAUAACAUUGCACUUGAACGAACAAACGGAUUCUAAGAGUUUAUUAGGUGUCUAUUCGACAUCGGGUCAAAGUGGCAGCUUUAAGUGGCAACCGGGGGUAUUGACUCAAGCAGCCAGAGAAGGAAGGUGGAUUUUAAUUGAAGAUCUAGAUCGUGCACCAGCGGAGGUAAUCUCAGUUAUCCUACCUUUGAUUGAGAAUCGAGAACUUGUUAUUCCAAGUCGACAAGAACAUAUUCGCUGUGCGGAAAGCUUCCGGGUUAUUGCGACAAUGAGAUCCUUUUUAAACGGCAGAGGAGAUGAAGUUUUGCCAGGAAAUGCUACGCUUGGGGGCCGACUGUGGAAUACGAUACGCGUUUCACCAUUACCAAUGGAUGAGGUCUCACAAAUUGUCAAGAACGAAUUUCCUCUACUUGACCUUACUCGAUAUGCUGAUAUAUUCCUGCCCCUCUAUUCUCGAAUCAUUUCAACACUUGUCGGACGCGGAGCGUCGAGGCGGGUGCAAGGAAGGCCCAUAGGGCUCCGAGAUUUGAUGAAAUUUUGCGGUAGGGCAGAGACACGCUUAAGAAGGCUAGGGAUCAAGAGGGGGAACGAAUCGGUACCAGCUCGUAUCGAUGACGAAUUUUUUAUGGACGCUGUUGACUGCUUUGUUGCCCAUAUCCCAGACAAUGAAUUGCGUUUAGCUCUUGCGAGUAACAUUGCCGAAGAAAUGCAUAUCCCACCGCAAAAAAUGAGGUUCUGUCUUUUGGAGCGUGUCCCAACUUACUCCAACGAGGCUUCAGAGCUAAUAAUUGGAAGGGAGACCUGCCAAAAGACCAAAUCACGGAACAAGGAUGGAUCAAAGUCUAAACAGAGUAAAUCUUUUGCUGCUACAAAAGCCUCCCUGCGGCUAAUGGAACAAGCUGCUGCUGCCCUUCAAGUAUCAGAGCCUAUACUACUUGUUGGAGAGACUGGUAUUGGUAAAACUGCGGUCGUGCAGCAAUUAGCAGCAUUAUUGAAUCAGCGGUUGACUGUCGUCAAUUUAUCCCAGCAAAGUGAGGCCUCAGAUCUCCUAGGUGGGUAUAAACCUGUGAAUCUUCGUUCAAUAGCAAUACCACUAGUGGAUGAAUUCAAUGCACUGUUUGAGUCCACAUUCUCAGUCAAAAAAAACCAGAAGUUUUUAUCCUCGGUUGCAAAGAGCGUUGGUGCUGGAAAUUGGCCUCGUCUAGUCAAUGUACUAAACGAAGCUGUUACAAUGGCCGCUGACUUGUUUAGUGUGUCAAAAAAGACCCAAAGUGAUGCAAACGAGUUAACUGAGCAACCAACCAAAAAGAGAAAGCUGGAUAGUCCAAAGUAUAGUUCGCUUUCAGCAAAGUGGUCAUCAUUUGCAUCAGAUUUCCGACAAUUUGAAGCCAGAGUUUUACGAGGAGAUGCUAAAUUUUCCUUUGCUUUUGUCCAAGGAAAGAUUGUGAAGGCAUUGAGAAAUGGUGAAUGGGUGCUACUGGAUGAGAUUAAUCUUGCAUCACCUGACACCCUUGAGAGUAUUGCGAGCCUAUUACAUCAUGGGCGUGAUGGCAAUCCAUCAGUUUUACUCCCAGAAGCUGGCGAGAUGGAACGAGUUAUUGGUCACCCAGAUUUCCGAAUAUUCGGAGCAAUGAAUCCUGCUACAGAUGCGGGAAAACGGGAUCUAGCCCCUGGACUGAGAUCUAGAUUUACAGAGCUCUAUGUUAGAUCCCCCGACAGCGAUAUAGAUGACCUCCUGAGUCUGAUACGUACUUACCUUGGCCCCCUACUGAACCGUGAUUCCCGAGUCGCCUCAGACCUUGCCAGCGUCUAUCUCGAAACAAAAAGAUUGGCGAUAGAGAAUCAAUUAACAGAUGGUGCUGGUCACAAACCACAUUUCAGCAUCAGAACUCUUGUUCGCACUUUGAUACUCGUUAUUCCUCUACUGGAAAAACAUAUAUUUGGGAAGGUUGGCAAUGCGAGGUCAAUAUUAUCACAAACUCCCCGAGAGGUCAACGAUGGAGCGACAUACGUCCAAUAUAAACACUAUUGGAUGCAAAAGGGAGAUUUUCCGCCAGAGUCCCAACCUCACUACAUCAUUACCCCAUUCAUUGAAAGGAAUCUUAUGAACCUUGUACGAGCAAGCUCGACUCGACGGUUCCCUAUUCUCCUCCAAGGACCAACAUCUUCCGGGAAAACAAGUAUGGUUGAGCACCUUGCUAAACUUUCUGGAAACAAAUUUGUGAGGAUCAAUAACCAUGAACAUACGGAUCUUCAGGAGUAUCUGGGAUCGUAUGCUACGGGUGAAGAUGGUACUCUAAAAUAUCAAGACGGUGUUCUUGUUGAGGCAUUGAAAAGAGGAUACUGGAUAGUACUGGAUGAACUUAAUCUUGCGCCUACUGAUGUUUUGGAAGCCUUAAAUCGGCUACUUGACGAUAACAGGGAGCUUUUCAUUCCCGAGACACAAGAAAUCAUUCGCCCACAUCCAAAUUUCAUGUUAUUCGCUACUCAGAAUCCCGCAGGCCUUUAUGGAGGGAGGAAAGUGUUGUCUCGUGCGUUCAGAAAUAGAUUUCUCGAACUACAUUUUGAUGAUAUACCAGAAGAUGAACUGGAGUUUAUCUUGAAGGAGCGUUCACAAAUUCCGCCCUCAUUCUGCACCAGGAUAGUUUCCGUUUAUCGACAGUUAUCCAUACUACGCCAAUCAAACCGACUUUUCGAACAGAGAAACAGUUUCGCCACACUUCGUGAUCUCUUUAGAUGGGCAAUGAGACGUGCAGAUGAUCGCGAACAGUUGGCCGCCCAUGGCUUUAUGCUCCUGGCUGAAAGAGUUAGGAAUAGCCAGGAGCGCGAUGCUGUUAAGAGGGUAAUAGAAAAGGUCAUGGGGGUGAAGCUUAACAAAAGCGAAAUAUACGGUAAAUCUGCCGUUGAUGCACGUCUAAAACAAUUGUCAGCAGCGAUUCCAGAAAACAUUGUCUGGACACCGGCCAUGAGGAGGCUUUUCAUUCUUGUGUCUGAAGCCAUUGAGCAUAACGAACCCGUUCUCCUUGUCGGGGAGACAGGGUGCGGUAAAACUCAGAUAUGUCAAGCCAUCGCAGAAGCUUAUGGAAAGGAACUUUUCAUUGUUAAUGCCCAUGUCAACUUGGAAACAGGAGAUCUCAUUGGUUCACAGAGACCUAUAAGGAAUCGAUCCUCAAUUGCGCAGCAACUCGAGGCAGAUAUACCUCUACUCUUAAAACAAGCCUAUGGCAAAUGGGAUGAGUCCUUUGAGUCACUUGAUAGCCUUAAAAGUGCAUUUUAUGCAGUGGAUUCUUCAGCUUUAGUCAAAUGUGACCCUGAUCUUAUCCAAAGAAUAAAGAUCAACAUCACAAGAACAAAUUCUCUUUUUGAAUGGGCUGACGGGAGUUUAGUAACUGCGAUGAAAACUGGACAACAUUUCCUCCUGGAUGAACUUUCGCUCGCAGACGACUCAGUCUUAGAACGGCUCAAUAGCGUGUUGGAAACCACCAGAACUGUGCUUCUAGCUGAGAAAGGCCCUAUUGAUUCUCUAAUAACUGCCGCUGACGGUUUUCAAUUCCUUGGUACAAUGAACCCUGGUGGAGAUUAUGGGAAACGAGAGCUUUCUGCAGCGUUGAGGAAUCGACUUACAGAAAUUUGGGUUCCCGAGCUGCUAGAGGAUGACGAUAUAUUACCUAUAUUAGAGGCCAAGGUCCAGUCACCUCUACGUAAUGUUCCUCAGGGAAUGAUUGUCUUUGCGAAAUGGUUCAAGGAAAAGUUCCGAGGCACGCAAUCUUCAAUAUCAGUCCGUGACCUAUUGGCCUGGGCAGAAUUUAUUAACUCUUGUACCCAGUUGGAAGCAGAUUCGGCUGUUGUACACGGUGCCUGCCUAGUCUAUAUAGACGGCCUUGGUGCAAACCCAUCUGCACUGCUAGCAUCAACUUCCGGUGAUCUUGAAAGAGACAGGCACUCUUCUUUGGAAAAGCUAGGAAUGCUAUUUUCGAUUGAUGCUCUAUCAAUUUAUAAACAAAACUCAACAAUGCAACUUGGCAGAAAUAGCUUGAAAAUUGGUCAAUUUUCCCUAUCUCUCGGGCCUAAUUCUAACCCGGACUCAAAAUUUGCGCUUGAUGCGCCCACUACCCUAUCUAAUACGGUUCGCGUUGUGCGUGGCCUCCAGUCUAGCAAACCAAUUCUGUUAGAAGGAAGUCCCGGGGUUGGAAAGACCACCUUGGUUUCAGCGCUGGCACAGGUUAUAGGGGUGCAGCUUACUCGAAUUAACUUGUCCGAGCAAACCGAUCUAACCGAUCUUUUUGGGUCAGACGUCCCUACUGAUGGAGGUGACAUCGGUAGCUUCGCAUGGAGUGAUGCUCCAUUUUUGCGUGCCAUGCAGCAUGGCGGAUGGGUCCUUUUGGAUGAAAUGAAUCUCGCCUCACAAUCCGUCCUCGAAGGGUUGAAUUCAUGUUUAGAUCAUCGUCAACAAGUGUACAUUGCGGAAUUGGGGCAAACUUUCAAGCGGCACCCUGAUUUUGUCUUAUUCGCCGCGCAGAAUCCGCACCAUCAAGGAGGCGGGCGAAAAGGACUUCCAGCAUCCUUUGUAAACAGAUUUACAGUUGUGUAUGCGGACUCAUUUACCUUUCAUGACCUGGAAAUUAUUUGUCGUAGGCUAAGCCCUACAUGUCCAGAAGACAAAAUCAAGAAGCUUGUCGAAUUCAUCACUACCCUGAAUACAAAGCUGCUCACGGAUCGUCGACUUGGAGCCCUAGGAGCGCCUUGGGAGGUCAAUAUUCGAGAUAUCUCUCGCUGGCUUAAACUGUUUACUUCCAGCCCUAUCGAGAUAUCACCUUCUCAAUAUCUUGACGUGGUCAUCUCACAUAGGUUCAGGACUGCUCCUGAUAGGUUGUUCAUUUCUCAGCUAUACAAAGACGUCUUUGGUACUAUACCUGACACUAAAAACUAUUAUCACAACCUCAGCCCAUAUUCGUAUCAAGUUGGCCUGGGGAAAUUGGACCGGAACCCAAAGUUGUAUGAUUCCUCGGUUAACGACUCCAAAGAGUUCCCUCGCAAUCUGCAUAUUACUGAAUCUAUGAUGCUUUGUGUAGAGAACUGUUGGCCAUGCUUAUUGGUUGGACCAUCAGGCUGUGGAAAGACUUCUAGCAUACGGCGACUUGCUGCCUUGAGUGGUGCUAAACUUGUUGAACUUGCUCUUAAUUCCGAUACAGAUGCCAUGGACCUUAUCGGUGGCUUUGAGCAACGAGACAGCCACCGGCAAUAUAUUUCAUUUGCCAACGAGCUUGUUCACUUUUUGCGAAAUCAAAUUGUGAUUGCUUAUUCGCAAACUGAUGGUGGUGGCGCCUCCUUUGGAGCGAAGUUAGUAGAGUUAUACCAAAUGACCAUGCAUAGUUCCUUCAACCCACAAUCACUCUUAGGCCCUCUCUCUGAAAUAGCUCAACACCACCCAGAUAAAUUAUUUCGGGAUAUCUAUGAGCAGUGCAGGCGGGUAUGUAUCGAUGAGGGCUAUGGAGAAGCUGGAUUUGAAUGGACGGAGGGUAUCUUGAUCCAUGCGAUGAAACAAGGCAGCUGGGUGGUUCUAGAUAACGCCAACCUUUGCAAUGCCACUGUCUUGGACCGUUUGAACUCCCUUCUUGAACCGAAUGGCUGUCUCAUUAUGAAUGAACGCAAAUCUCCAGAUGGCCUUGCGCAGAUUAUCGCACCGCAUCCCGAUUUUCGACUGUUUCUAACGGUAGACCCUCGACAUGGCGAACUUUCUCGAGCUAUGCGAAACAGAUCUAUCGAAAUUUUCUUUCUGCAGGAAGAUGAAAUAAACCGUUCUUGUUUGAGUGGAGCGAGGUACUUGAACGAAUCCGCCAUAUAUCGUAUCCGGGAAUGCGUAAACUUGAAUCGUUUCCAUAAUUUCUCAAAGAAAAGCCUUCAAUCGAUUGGGGUUGCCCUUGAUCAUUUAUCACCUCGGGAUAUGACGUAUCUUCAGCAUUCCAUCAAACAAUUUGCCCAGCUAUGGUCUAGAGACUCGGCCAUGUCACCUAGAAUUGCGGAAUCAAUGAUUGAGAGUUAUACUACUCUUCUCAACAAGGACGCAAUGAUUGGGUGGGUGCAACCCCAUAAUCAUAGUAGAAACAUCAUAUACAAGAAUGUCGAUAGCCAGGAAAAGAUAGAGCCGCUACAUCCACUCAUAAAUGAGCCGCGGCUUUUGGUAUCUCUCCCCAUAAAGAGUUGUCGAAUGAAACUUGCCCAGGCGGCAAAACUGCAAGAACUUCAGUUACGAACUGUUCAAUUUUACCAACAACUUUGCCAAACGGAAUUUAUCGCAGGGAGCAAAAAAUCGGUAGAUAUGAGCCUCAUAGAACGGUCUAUGACGUCGGGAGCUAUUCGGUCACAUUUGAAAGAUUCGACCCAACCUGUUUCCAAUUUUCUAUACGGCUGUUGCAAUGCCCUUAACGAAUAUCUAAGUGCACUGAUUUUGGAAACAUGCCCUGAUGAAGUCCCUCGGAUGCUGGAAGACAUCUUAAACUUUUGUUGGGAUAUCUUCCAAUUAACACAGUCCAGGCUCCUGGAUGAUGCCGUCUUUUCGGCAUAUCUCCUUAUUGGAAAAAACAUUGUUGCUAGGUUUGAACAUCUUCACCUAGAUCUUCUAAACAAUUUUACAGAACUUUUGAGCUUAUUUAAUUCCAAUUGGAAGUUAACCUCUGGAGAAAGCAUGCAGCAACAAAAGGUGCAAUUCCAAGAGCUUCGAGCAAGAUAUGAUCGAAUUGCUUUGAAAUCUAGGGUUCCUAUCCCUGAGUUGGGCCGGCUCUAUGACCUAUUUUUACGCGCCCAAACGUCGAUUUUACAGGGGGCUGAGAGCGUAGCUUUACUGCCUGAAUUGAACAAAACGAUAAAUCAUUUUGAGGCUCAGGCAUUGAAACCUGACUUCUAUGGCACUCCUCACUUUGCUACAGAGUUCGAAACGCUCUGUCAAUAUAACGACUUGGCAGAUACCAGCCCUUACAAUAAUGCCCUACUUCCGGCAUCUAUCAAGCUGCUAGCUGGCAGAGCAUCCCAACCCAAUGAAAUAUCUACCAUUGGCAAUAUAGUCCCCGGGCUUCUAUCCAAACUUACGCAGUACCUUGGAAGUCAACACUCAUCUUGUGGUCCUUUGGCAUUGCUAGGGAAUAUUACUAACUCCCUUGUGCAUAAAUUUCAGAGUAUUGGUGAUGUUCCUCUUGGCCAAAUGGAUCUUCUGGGGUCUGAAGUCAGUCUCCUCCUGGAAGGAUUGGCUGCGAACACUUAUCAACUUUCCACCCACCAAGCCCUCUUCCUUCAGCACCGACUAGCACAGUUGUUCAAGGAGCUCAUACAGUGUCACACCGAUUUAGUUGAGCCUGACUCGUUUAGUACGGCGAUCAGAUAUUUACAAGACUUGCAAACGAGAGGAAUUGAGAACCCACCACCUACUAAUUGGAAAAUCGAAAAUCGUCCAGAGUAUUCAAAUAAUACAUUCUCCCGUUACGUACUUGGGGGCGAGAUUCCGAGCUUGUUCCAAACUAUCUGUGAAUCCCAAGCCAGUCAAGAAGUUAUUGGUCAAUUAGGAAAGCUUUUGGUUAGGCUAUCUAUAGGGCUGCUACACUGCUAUGUCCCAAAUCUGCCCUUUGAUCCAUCCCUGAACUUAGCCAUUGAUCAUAAAAUGCAUACCCAAAGGCAGCAAGAGAAGUCCGUGAAGCUUGACUGUCUUCGAACAUGUGAGCUUCUAUUCUCUGGUCAGGAUUCAACCCUCCGCAUUGAAACCGCUAAAGAUGAGCUUGACCUCGUUGGCUCUGCCCCUCCGAACACUCCAGUGACUCGCCCUGAAAUUUCAAAGCUAGAUGACGUGCAAGCUCAAUUUACAAGUAUUCUCAGUUCCAUCUUAAAUCAACCUAUAGAGUAUAUUCUCUCAGCUACAACCAAUGCUGGAAUAUCCUCCAAUAACAAAUCUUCCCAGGCUUCAAGGACUUUGCUCCAGCUCAACAUCCGACAAAUUGCCCGUCGACUUUCCCUUAACUGCCCCGGUUAUGACGAUAUAACUAUCCUACCUGUCAGGUUCCUUCAGCUUCUUGACCAAGGGAUAGAGUUAAUCCGCCAUAGUUGUAAAUAUUCCACCCAAGAUUCUUCUACCAUCCGCUUCAUUUGCGGAACAACUCCCUUCUUGGGUUCACAUUUACCAGAUCUGCCAUUUUCCCCUUCUCAUUCCUUCAAAGGAAACCAGGAUACAAAUGCAGAGGUAGAAAUUCACCGGCUGUUGCUACUAGGCGCCGCUCAAAAUAUAGAUGAGCAGACCCUUUCGAUAUCUAUUCAUAAAGAAGUCUUGCAUGAUGUCCUCGAUAGAGCUUACUCCUUAUGGAAGGAGAAGCUAGAAAAAGAUCAAUCUCAGGAAGCCGAAAAAUCCAAAUUCUACCAUUAUCGAGGGUCAUUUGAACAUGAUGAGGAGUCGGAGUCCGCAGAAAUGCUCCAGCUCUUCCCUACUUACGACAAUCACGACCAGCCUAGCGAUGAAGAUGCGAAACCCGGAAUUCAAACUGACGACCUUCGCAUGAAAUUUUUCACGGCCUUCAGGAACCUUUUCAUUCAUGAGAAUAAAGCUUCCCGCUUGAAAACUGUGGUUAAGGAGGGACUCCGCUUAGUUGGGUCUCUCUCUCAUCAAUCAGGACUGGCUCUAUCUCCUAUAGAUCCCAGGUUUCAUCUAGCCCCGGUCUUCCUCCUCUCAGAAGAUAUUCAUCAAACACGCAAGGCCACCAACUACAACUUUUACACUGAUGCCAACAUAGAAGAAGUGAAAAAGUUUGCUUCUCUUGUCCAAAGAGUGCAAGUUCGCUUUUUAGAACUCCAGGGGUCAUGGCCUGAGCAUGCAACCCUUGCUGAUGUUGUGGACCGAUGUUCUAAAAUUUUCAAGUUUCAGCAUCGAGAACCACUUGCUAAAUUCCUUACAAUGGCUGAGAAACUUCAUGAGCAUGUACAUGAAUGGCAAACAGUUGCGAGCAAAGAAUACUCCGCAGUUGACUGUUACAAUGAGCUAACCUCGACCUUGAUUCACUGGAGGCGGCUUGAACUAUCUACUUGGUCCCGUUUAUUGGACAUGGAAGAUGAAAAAUGCCUGGAGCAAGCAGCAGCCUGGUGGUAUAUGGCAUACGAAGUUAUCGUUGCUGCACCGCUACAGCUAGCCCAAGAAAAACAGCAGCUGGAUAGCCAUGUUGCUGACCUGCUACUGACGCUAGAAAAAUUCCUCCAAACAACUUCCAUGGGCCAGUUUUCUUCCCGCAUCGAUCUUAUUGAUAAGUUCAGGAUGCUACUUGUGCUUUAUUCCCCUGGGCUCCCAGCCUUGAAACAAGUGGUUACGGCACUAGAUAACCUACUCAGCCAUUACGCGCCUUUCAUUUCUUCAGUGAAAACCUCGCUACAAACAGGACGGCAAAGCCUGGAGAAGGAGUUAAAAGAACAGGUUCAACUGGCAAGCUGGAAAGAUACAAACAUCACAGCGCUCCGUGAAACCGCACGGCGCUCUCAUCAUAAACUGUUCAAAAUCAUCCGAAAAUACCGUUCGUUAUUAGCACAACCCUGCGAGGAGCUCCUUGCAAGGGAAAUUCCAGACACUACCCAAGGAUCUCAAGACCUACCUAUCUCCGGAACCCACCAUCUGAGGGACGUAGAUUCCGCUGCAGUGAGCCUUUAUCAAAAUAAUGAGGAGCUAUGGAAUCAAAGGCCAGCGCGAUUCCAAAACCCUGAUUCUACAGCCAAAAGUAUGUCCCGAGUUUAUGAAAGCGCCUUGCCGGAGUUUCAAGCUACCAUUGAACUGGAAGCCAUCAUGAUUGAUGUGGUUUCUUCUAUUUCAGAAUUUCAAAAGCGAACUCCAAAAACCCUGACAGAGGAAAACAAGGAGGAGAUCCAACAUCUCAAGGCCCAGAAGCGAAGCUUUUAUGCUGCAAAACUGAAAGAACUGCGCCAUAUGGGCCUCAGGUCGAACCUUGGAACAGACUUGCUCGAUAAGCAAUCCUCCGUUAGCCUAGUUCUUGCUACUACUCCAAACUUCAGCUCCUAUCAUUUAGUUCCCGUGGCUUCUAACGCAGACAAGUACUUCCACCGUUUCCUUCAUAUGGUCCCAAGCGUACGCCGAGUGGCGCGAAACUACUCCGAAGACCUGAGCAAUGUCGAAGCUGGACGGAGUGCCGGGUUCACGGAAGGCUUUCUAUAUCAGAUGCUAAAACAAAGGGAAAUUCUAUCUCCUGCCUUGGCUUCACUUGAGUGUCUUGUGAACACCGUCAAGUUGGCUACCGCUAUGUCGAGAAAUACAACAGUAGCGGGUGAAGGGGCUUCUAGGCAGCAGCACACGAUUUACCGGGCCCUUAAAUGGCUACCAACCAUCAUAGAGCUAUCUUCAACAGUCGAACGGCUUAACAACCUUCCAAUCCUUCCCCCAGGGUUAUCAUCUCAAUCCCACCAAAAUAUAAUUGCAGAUGCGGAAAAUUUGCUGGCUGGUAUGAAAUCCAACAUUUUGGCUUACAUGGAAUCCCGGCCUGAGAUAGCCUUCGCCCUCAAUCAGCUACUCUUCUGGACAGGAUGUGACACUCAAAAUACUUCCCAAUCGGACCAUAACAGUAUCGUCAAGUCGUCCUUGAAGCAAGUGGACUCGUCUAUGCUCAUUGCAAUGGACUCAAUGCUGGUUGCAUUGCAAAGAGUCCAAAGCUCCCUUACAGGCGCCCCUAUCUCAACUGAUAUUGCUGCAUGGUUAUCUAAGACAGAUACCGCAUUGUCCAGGUCUCUCUCCGAACUUCAUAUUGACGAUGUCUCUUGUAAAUUGAAAUCGUCAUUUGACAAUAUAGGGAGUAUAUCUGAUAGUCGUGACUUUAACCUAGCAGUUGCUGCAGUUGCUAUCAGUUUACCAGUAUUGGAGCAAUAUCAAUCAAUUUGCUUGGAUUUGGUCAAUCGAUACGCUGCUUUCCAUCAUUCUUUGUGCAAAUUCGGAUACACUCUGGCGAAAUCAUUCAAGCAAGUGGCAUCGGAAGGAUUUUGCAGCCCAUCUGCGCCAUCUGAGCAGCAAGGACAGAGUGACAAGGUAGAGAGCGGCACCGGCCUUGGAGAUGGCGAGGGCGCUGAAGAUAUAAGCAAAGAGGUUCAAGAUGACGAGGAUCUUUCGGAGCUUGCGCAGCAAAAGCAAGAAGAUGGGGACAAGGAAGAUAUUGAAGGGACUGAAGAUGCAGUUAAUAUGGACAAUGAGGAGCUGGAAGGGCAAGAGGCUGCUUUCUCAAAGGAGGAUGAGGACGAGGAAAAGGGAGAAUCGGGUGAGGAAGACGCAAACGAUUUGGAUGAAGAGGUUGGAAGUGUUGAUGGCUGGGAUCCUUCAGCAGUAGAUGAAAAGAUGUGGGAUGGUGCGAAUGAUAAGGAACAGAAAGAUACAGAGAACAACGACGGUAAAGGCAACGAGAAAGCAGAGGAGAUAUCAGCUGCUGCUGAGCAACGAAAGGAAGACGAAUCAGCAAAUAAAGAAGUUGAUGAGGAACAGGGUACUGCUGACAGCGAUGAGGAGGUGCCAGAAGAUGAAAAAGAGGGAGUUGGUCGGGAAGACAUGGACGUAACCGAUCCACAUGCACAGGAGGGUGAGGUCCUCGACUUGCCAGAGGAUAUGGACCUGGAUGGCGAUAAAAAGGAGGAUGAAGGCUCUGACAUGGAUGACUGUAUGAGCGAGGAAUCUAUGGAAGAUGCUGCUAAUAAAGAUGAUUUGCCAGAGGAUUCCAACGAACAAGACAAUACGGAUAUGAGAUCACAAAGUCCCGAUGCUGAUAUGGCAGAGGCGGUGGAUGAUGGUAACGAAGAAGAUCAAGGGGAAGAGGCCGGCGAGCAAGAUUCAGAGCCUCAACAUGAUGAAGAAAAAGAAAAGCAAGAAGAAGAUAAAGGAGAUAUAAUGCCAGUGGAAGAUGAACAAAAGACUGACCCUGACAACGCCGUGCCCAGUAACCAGGUCUCUGCAGGUGUUGAACAAGAGCAGAGUAACGAAAAGGGGUCCUCUGGAGACGCUGCCAUUGAACAGCCAACUACUAAAACGGAAGACGGUGGUGAAGGUGAAGGCAAUGGAAUCGAGGAACAAGGUCAACGUGGAAAGGAUUCCAACCAAGAAACCAGCGAUAGGAACAACAACGAGAAGCAAGAUCCGCAGCUCCAGGCGUUUAAGAAGCUCGGUGAUAUCCUUGAACAGUGGCAUAGGUCUCACCGUGAAAUAUUAGAGGCUUCUGAGAAAGAGAAAGAGCAGAGCCAGGAGCAAGAUAUUGGUGAAAAAGACGUCGACUUUGAGCAUCUCGCGGAUGAUGAAGACACCGCAGACACACAAGCCCUUGGUCAGGCAAAUGAAGAACAAUCUCAAGCUAUGAACCAGUCCCAGGCAAUAGAGUCUGACUUCAAGCCUCAGGAUAACGAGUAUCUGCCAGAUGCUGAAGAGAUGGAAGAUUCCAGCGCCCCCAAUAAUCUGGAAGACUUGAUGGAUGUUGAUGCACAGCUCGCCUCGAAUGACCAACAGCAACCAACGAUCUCCAUUUCACGGCCUGGUAAUGGAGUUAAUUCUUCCCACAGGGAGGAGGGUGAUACGGCAGAGAAGGACGAGCUUGAUGAUGUUGAUAGCCAUCUUUCCAUCAUUAAUCUAUCAUCUGAUUCCGCCCCCCUGACGCCUCCAGAUGAAGCCCGCAGGCUGUGGACCCAUUAUGAAUCCAUAACUCAUGACCUUUCGCUCUCGUUAACAGAACAGCUUCGUCUUAUUCUAGCCCCUACUAUGGCCACUAAACUCAGGGGAGACUUCAGGACGGGCAAGAGACUUAAUAUAAAACGCAUCAUCCCUUAUAUUGCUUCUCAGUAUAAGCGUGACAAAAUAUGGAUGCGUCGAUCUGUGCCGUCGAAGCGAAAUUAUCAAAUAAUGCUUGCUGUUGAUGAUAGCAAAUCCAUGCUUGAAGGUGCUAGUGGUCAGCUUGCACUCCAGACCCUAGCCUUGGUUGCAAGAAGCUUGAGCAUGCUUGAAACUGGUGAUCUAUGUAUCGUCAGCUUCGGGAACGAAGAGCACAUCCGCGUUGCUCAUGACUUUGGAAAACCGUUCUCUUCAGAGGCUGGGUCCCAGGUAUUCCAGCAUUUCAGCUAUAAACAAACUGGUACAAAUGUGCGGCAGCUCAUUGCGGAUUCUAUUGCAUUAUUCCGCGAAGCUAGAGCGAAGCGGCCAUCUUCAUCAACUUCUGGUGACCUUUGGCAGCUGGAAUUAAUCAUAUCCGAUGGUGUUUGCGAAGACCAUGAUAGGAUUACUCGGCUCGUUCGUCAGGCUCACGAAGAGCGCAUUAUGCUUGUUUUCAUCAUUGUUGAUGCAGUUCAGGAGGAAAGCCGUUCGAUCAUGAAUCUUUCCCAAGCCACCUUUGAAUCCAACGGAUCUGGACCUGGUGAAGGAAAAUGGAAAAUGAAAAAGUAUCUAGAUAGUUUCCCUUUCCCAUAUUAUUUAAUUGUGAGGAAUGUUCAGGAGUUACCGGGUGUUUUGUCUUUGGCGUUGAAGCAAUGGUUUGCAGAGGUGGUGGAGGUUUCUACAUAA